UUAUUCUCCCAGACAGACUCGGAGUUCCCGGCAGACCGGUUCACCUCACCGGCGACGAAACAACCGCAUCUCCCAAUCUUACCAAAGGAGAGUGGAAGAGGAGUUAAAGAUGCAGAAAAGGAAAUCAUUUGCCGAUAAAGCAACGGAUGAAGGACAAAAUAAGAAGCUGAAGAAUGCUGAGAAAGAUCAAGUCUUUGCUUCUUGCUCCUUUUCCAGCCUUGGCCUCCACCCUGCAUUGUGUGAACAGCUUCGAGAGAGAUUGGGUUUUGAAGUUCCAACUCUUAUACAAUCUCAGGCAAUUCCCGUUGCUCUUUCUGGCCGUCAUGUGCUUGUCAAUGCAGCAACUGGCACUGGAAAGACUAUAGCAUAUCUAGCACCAAUUAUUCAUCACUUGCAGAAUUAUGAACCUCGAAUUCAACGGUCUGACGGUACAUUCGCAUUGGUACUUGUGCCUACGCAUGAAUUGUGCAUGCAGAUCUAUGAAAUUCUGCAGAAGUUAGUUCACCGUUUUCAUUGGAUAGUCCCGGGCUACAUCAUGGGUGGUGAAAAUAGAUCAAAAGAGAAAGCCAGAUUGCGCAAAGGCAUAUCUGUUCUUGUUGCAACACCUGGACGCCUUCUAGACCAUAUGAAGAAUACCACCUCCUUCCAGCAUUCUAAGUUGCGUUGGAUAAUUUUUGAUGAAGCUGAUAGGAUUUUGGAAUUGGGAUAUGGUAAAGAAAUAGAGGACAUACUACAUAUUUUGGGUACUAGGAAGACUGAUUGUGAUGCCAAGGAUAGUGCAACUUCUACAUUCCAAAGGCAGAACUUGCUAUUGUCAGCCACUUUAAAUGACAAAGUAAAUCAUCUUGCUAAAAUUAGUUUAGAAAAUCCGGUAAUGAUUGGUCUUGAUAACAACACAGCGCAUCAAAAUCAUCCACACAAAAAAUUCACAUCGGGGACGGAAUCUGAGGAUGACGAGGAGUCACAAAAGGUUGUAUCUUCGAAUGAAGAGUAUAGACUUCCAGCACAAUUAGUUCAGAGAUAUGCCAAAGUGCCAUGUGGUUCACGUCUCACAAUACUUCUAUUGAUUCUGAAGAAUCUAUUUGAGAAAGAAGUUUCUCAGAAGGCUGUGGUAUUCUUUUCAACAUGUGAUGCAGUGGAUUUUCAUUAUUCACUUCUUAGUGAAUUUUGUUGGUCAUCCAACUCUCAGCCGGAGCUAGAACAGAAAAAUUUGUUUUUAAAAUGUAAAAUAUUUCGCUUGCACGGAAACAUGAAGCAUGAAGACCGCAAAAAUGCUUUCCAAGCCUUUAAGACGGAAAAAUCAGCUCUGCUUUUAUCUACAGAUGUUUCUGCUCGAGGAUUAGAUAUCCCGAAAGUCAGAUGUAUUUUGCAGUAUGAUUCUCCUGGCGAAGCUACUGAAUAUGUACAUAGGGUUGGAAGAACUGCUCGAUUGGGUGAGAGGGGAGAAUCUUUGUUGUUCUUACAACCGGUUGAAACAGAUUACUUGCAAGAUCUAGAGAAACAUGGAGUAUCAUUAACAGAGUACCCACUUUUAAAAUUAUUGGACAGUGUCCCAUUAUACGGUCAUAAACCCAAUGUCAAGAAGUUUGUUUCUGUAGAGAUGCAUCCGUGGGUGAUUUCUCUGCAGAAGGCCCUUGAAUCCUUCACUGCUAACAAGCCAGAUAUAAAAAAGUUGGCCAAGGAUGCGUUUUGCUCUUGGGUGCGUGCUUACACUGCCCACCGUGGGGAACUGAAGAAGAUUUUCAUGGUAAAGAAACUUCACUUGGGUCAUGUAGCGAGAAGUUUUGGUCUGAAAGACCAACCUUCACUUGUUGGAAGGACGUUUCAAAUCCAAACAAAGAAGGAUAAAAGGGACCAGAAACAAAAUGGAGCCCCUAAAAAGAGGAAGAGAUUCAACAAACCCUGAUCCUAACAGGGAAAAACCUGGUUGAAACUGAACCCCGAGAGAUAAUUCAUUUCCAUCUUUAAGAUUGAUAAUUCAUUUCCAUGGCCCACAUACUAAAUUUUGUGAUCAUAUAUACAUAUAUUGUGUCAUAAUGGUGGAUGAUUUAGGUACCUGUCAUCCUUAUCCCUUUAUCUCUGUAGCUUAAUUUGGAUCAAUCUUGAGUUAUAUACUGUGAGCAAGUGUAGAUUUUAUAAAUUCUGAAACACUGUUCAAUUGUUGACU